AUGGACAACCGCGCCGUCCGCCUGCCCCCCAACGCCCGCCGCAACAUCUUCCACACCUCUUCGCGACGCCAAAACCUCACGACCAUUCGCCCAGACCACCAAAUGCCCGCCAAUAUCUUCCAGCAGCCCAGCGAGGAGGAGUUUGUGGAGCGCGACGCACAGGGCGAGUACAAGAUUGCGGCGCCACAUCCCGUGUACAAGAAUAUGGUUGCGCUGAGCGGAGCGCCGGAGGAGGAUGAGGAGUCGAACCAAGACAACGAAGUCAUAGGGCUGUACGAGAAGCGGAAUUCGCACUGGGAUCCCAAGCUAGUGGAGGAAGAGAUACGAGCGGCGCUGAAGAAUAGCCUGAGGAAGAAGGUGGCGAGUAUCGAGCAUGAUCGGUGGAUGUUUGAGGGCGAGGGGGACACAGGGAAGAAGUGA